GUAACCAGCCCCGACGACCAAAAUGUCUUCACUGCUGAAGCCGUUUUCGGUGUGUGAGGGGCCGUGCGAGAGCUGCGGUGUCAGGAGAGGAUACCCGAGCUCGGCUGCACAUCAGCAGCAGCCUCCAUUCCAGCGCCUGACCGCCGCGGCGGGGCUGGGAUCGCUACCGGCCCACCAGCGGUCGUACGCGGCGAGGAGGAACCUGGCGGCUGCUGCAGUCGGAGGGAGGAAAAUGACGCAUCCCGGGAAGGCUAUCCUUGCAGGUGGCAUUGCAGGCGGGAUCGAGAUCUGUAUCACCUUCCCCACAGAGUAUGUCAAGACCCAGCUGCAGCUAGAUGAGCGAGCCAACCCACCGCGAUACAGAGGGAUCGGCGACUGUGUGAAGUUAACCGUGCAGGAUCAUGGGCUCAGAGGGUUGUAUCGAGGUCUCAGCUCCCUGCUCUAUGGAUCAAUACCCAAGUCUGCAGUGAGGUUUGGCACGUUUGAAAUGCUCAGCAACCCCAUGCGAGAUGCCACAGGUCGUCUAGAUAACACGCGGAGCCUCUUGUGUGGGUUAGGAGCGGGGAUAGCAGAGGCCGUCGUGGUUGUUUGUCCCAUGGAGACGCUCAAGGUUAAGAUGAUCCAUGACCAGUGUUCCCUCAGACCCCGUUACAGAGGCUUCUUUCAUGGCGUCAGUGAGAUUAUCCGAGAGCAGGGUGUGAGGGGGACGUAUCAAGGUCUGACAGCGACGGUGCUGAAACAAGGAACCAAUCAGGCCAUUCGAUUCUAUGUGAUGAACCUGCUGCGCAAUUGGUACAAAGGGGACGAUCCCAGACGAGAGAUGCACCCAAUUGUCACGGCAAUGUUUGGGGCGACGGCCGGAGCUGCCAGUGUUUUUGGAAACACACCUCUGGAUGUGGUGAAGACCAGGAUGCAGGGUUUGGAGGCCCACCGCUACAAAAACACAAUGGACUGUGCCUUCCAGAUCUUGAAGCACGAAGGACCGCAGGCGUUCUACAAAGGGACAGUUCCCAGGCUUGGCCGCGUGUGCUUGGACGUGGCCAUAGUCUUUGUCAUUUAUGAGGAAGUGGUCAAACUACUCAACAAUGUGUGGAAGACCCAGUAGAAGGGCCACACGAUGGCAGAGGGACCAGAGGGAAGCACAGACCAGUGCCUCAUGCUACGCACAACUCAACACCUCUAUUCUAGUUCAUUCUCGCUCUCUGCAUCAGCCCGGAGCAGAUGACACUUCAUCUUGACCAGUUUCCACUCAUCAGAUAAAUUGAUUUGCAGGCCUUGUCCAAACACAGUGAUAAUAAGUUAGGGAGAGUGGCCAGUUGCAGAAAAACAGCUCAGUUUUGCAUUUCACCGCUUUCUCUCUAGUGGUCAGACUUAGGAAUAAAGAGGGAUCAUUUUAUUUUGAAGGACAGGAAAAGACUAAGUGAAAUGAAGCAGGUGAUGUGUUGUCCUGUGCACCCGGCCAGGCUUGUGGACUCAGUUUCUUGAGUCUUAUUACCAUAAACAUAAGUAUACAGUAUUUAUAGAACACGCACAGACAGGUAUUACUAACCAAAGGUUUCAAUUAGAAAGGGAAUGAAAAGAAAAACAAAAAAAAACUUGUGUAGGUAAAAAAA